AGCCUGACUGCACAAGGGAGGGAAGCGUUGCUGGAUCUGAAAGAUAGAAGAAUAAGUGAACGGUGAUCAAAAUUAUACGUCAAAAGAGUAGUGAAAGUCAAAGAGAUGUCAAUCGAAAGGCCGCUUAAAGAGCUCCCAUGUCUGAGUGAAAAUUUGGAGGGAUCCCUGUGCAGGCCGCAGAGGACUAAAUGUAAAAGAAAGCCCUCCUGCGGUGGGAGGCUUCACACUGAAAACACUCCAAACGAGCUCAUCCAGCAGUGGUCGCCCCAACAUAAAAAGCCCCUGACUUCAGCUAAAGGGAAAGAAAAUCAAGAAAAUGUAUUUGUUCUUGCCAGACGUCCCAGGAAAAGGAAGGAAACAACAGCAAGCAUGUGUUGGGACAGUCUGCCUGAUGAGCUGUUGCUUGGGAUCAUGUCUCGGCUCUCACUGAAAGAUCUUCUCAGAACGUCCCGCGUCUGCAAGCGCUGGCAUCGUUUGGCGUUGGAUGAGUCUCUGUGGCAUAGUGUGGACUUGGUGGGAAGAGCUCUGCUAGACGCUGAGCUUGGGCAGGUGCUCUCUGCUGGGGUGUUGAGGCUGCGCUGUCCACACACCUGCAUCGGCCAACCCAGUUUUAAAAAUAUAGAACAACUUCGUGUCCAACAUAUGGAUUUGUCAGGCUGCACAGUGGAGCCCUCAGUCCUAGAAGACAUCCUGUCCCGUUGCAGACAUCUACAGAAUCUUAGUCUUGAGGGUUUGGUGCUCUCUGAUAAUAUUAUUCACAAUCUGGCUCAAAACCCUGAGCUUGUCCGACUGAACUUGUGUGGUUCUUCUGGCUUCUCCCCUGAACCUCUGGCUGAGAUGCUCAAAUUGUGCACCAGACUUGAAGAAAUGAACGUGUCAUGGUGUGAUUUUAAAGGUCUCCAUGUUCAGGCCAUUGCUAACAAUAUCCCCUCUAGUGUCACUCAACUGAACAUCAGUGGUUACAGACAGAACCUCACCAUGGAAGAAGUCAAGGCUAUAGUGGAAAGAUGUCCAGAUCUCACAAACUUGGAUUUGAGCGACAGUGUGCUUCUGACCACAGACAUUUUCCCUGUCCUGCAGCAACUUUCCUCACUUAAACAUCUGGCCCUUUGCCGCUGUUAUCAGAUCCACCCAGCUUCUCUUGUUGACUUUGAAAAGUUUCCAAAUUUGCUGACCCUGGAGGUCUUUGGGCUAAUACAGGACAGCUACCUGCCUGUUCUUAGUAAAAGUCUACCACACAUACAGAUCAGCACUCUGCCUUUCUCUACCAUAGCACGCCCCAGUUCAUCAAUGAGAAAGGAUGCAACUCUUUGGGGAUUGCACUGCCGGCUUGUUUACAAACAAUAAUGUUUUUAUUCUAGGAAAAUUACAGGGUAAAACAAAUGGUAAAAAAAAAUCUUAAUGAUGUUUCAACUCUACUUCUGUUUCCAAUUAGAAUUACUUAUUUUAAAUGUCUUAAGCAUCAUGGUACCACCACAUUCUUAUUAAAAAAAAAAAGUUUUAAAUUUGUGAUGACAAUGGUGUUAUAGGUCCUGACAAAUCUUAAAUCGAGUAGCAUUUUAGUCAUUUAUAUUGCAGUGAACCUCAUAUGACUACAAAUUUAGAGAUGAAGAAAGGACAAGUUUUAAUGUUCAGUUUUAAUUGUUGGAAUCUGGCUACACAUUUAAUGUAGUGAUAUUUUAGCUUUUGAAUGUUUGGUACCAAUAGGUGCUCUUUUUUUUUUUUUUGGGAAAUGUGAGUUUCACUAGAUGUGUUGGUUCAAAUGAUAUCUAGGUAUAGGUUUUACUUGUCAAAACAAGCUGUGUUUUCAUGCCAAGAUAAAGUAUAUUUUCUAAGGUAUUUAGUAUAAAAAUAAAAUGGUUUUAUACUGAUCCAGAAUUUUGUGGUCACAUAAAAGCAUUUAACCAGGUCAACAAAUGCUUUCACGUGUCAAUAUAAAUAUUAAGAAUCUUCUCUAUUCUG